GUUUUUAUGUUCAAAUUUUCUUUCAUGUUUUUGCAUGCGUCGUGAAAACACAAGAUAGGCUGCAUUUUCCAUUAUCACGCUGCUCUGAGAUGUUAAAGGGAGGAGAUGAGGAGGAGGAGGACAUUAGACUGGAGCAGGGCGGCGCUUUGUGCUCCUGCGGGAUCCUUCCUGCACCCUAGAAAGAGCGAAAGUUCAGAGCAGAAGCAGAAGAGCACUAAACAAACCCGACUGCGAGUGUUAAACACAUUCAGCUGUCUGUCCUGCAGCGCGCGCCUGGAUGCGGCUAGUUGCGUGGAAAUACUUUCUUACUCAAGAACAUAUGGAUGAAGCUCAAAGUGGAAAGGAAUUGCCUUGAGGAAAGUUGUGUGAUUUAAUUAAAGAUGCUCUGGGUUUGUUCCUGCGCGCUGCUGCUGCUGCUGGAGAAUGCCGUGACCGCGCCUGCGUGGAGAAAAGCCACGGUGGCUAGUAUAGUAGUGAAUAAAGCGUGUGUGCAGACAGCAGCAGCUGUAGAAGAGAGAUCUCAUCCAGGUCAGGUCCGAUCCAAGCGCUAUGCCAUCAACCCACUGGGAUACAAGUGGGAGCAUUUCAACAUCACCUACAAGAUCACAAAGUUCCCCAACACACUGAAUAAAGAUGACACCCGCAAAGCUAUCAGCAUCGCCUUCACGAAAUGGAGCGAUGUUUCUCCUCUGACUUUCACUGAGAUCACCAACCCCAACAAAAGUGCUGACAUCACUAUAGGCUUCUACACGUACAAUCACACAGAUUGUUGGUGGUCUCCUCUGCACCCGUGUUUUGACGGGCUGAACGGUGAGCUGGCCCACGCCUUCCUUCCCCCACGAGGAGAGAUUCACUUUGACAACCAUGAAUUCUGGAUUCUGGGCAAAUCCCGCUUCAGCUGGAAACAAGGUGUGUGGCUGAAUGACCUGGUCCAGGUCGCUGCUCAUGAAAUCGGUCACGCUUUAGGCCUCUGGCAUUCACGGGACCCGAAUGCAUUGAUGCACCCUAAUGCAACGUACACGGGUCAGAGGAACAUCGCUCAAGAUGAUAUCUGGGGCAUCCAGCGCCUUUACGGAUGCAUGGACAAGAAGCGAGUGUGUGAUCCUUGGGCGCGCUUGGGUUUCUGUGAGAGGAGGCGGAGCUUCAUGAAGAAGAACUGCCCGCUGCGCUGUGACCUGUGCUACGAGCCUCUGGACGCUGUGUCUACACCGACUCCUCCUCCUGAAAAUGUGAAGAUCAAAACUGUGCCUCGUGGAAAAGUUGUGGGCUUCCGCUGUGGGACAAAAAACACCAGAGUGCCUCCAAAAGUCAGCUGGUAUAAAGACGGGGAGCAGUUGCUGACAUCCAUUCCUGGCUAUAUUGUAAUUAAGGAUCGAGACCUGCGGCUCGUGGCCAAUGAAUUCAAUGAAGGCACGUACACCUGCCGCAUCCAUCGGCGCGGUAAUGUCGUCUCUGCCAACUCAUGGGCCAUCCGGCUGAAGCCAGAGCAGUCGUUCAACAACAGCUGAAGGAGCGAUGCUGAUGUACUGAUCUCACGCUCUACCUCCAGGGCUCUCCUCCGCUGCGGCACACACAGCUCAGAGUCAUAAUGACCGAGUCAGGGUUUCCAACCUUCAUAACGCUGAGAUCCAAGACAAUCUUUGGAAGGACCACCUGUUUUCUUAUGUACUUCGGCUGCAGUGAUGAAAAAGGUGCUUUUUUUAUUAUAAGGUAAACAUCACUUCUGAGGUAUGAUAUUUGAUUUCGAAGAUGCUUAAAAAAUCUCUGAAGGUUAAAAACUAAUUGCAAAAAAAUCUAAAUCUUCACAAUGCAUGUGAAGUCCCCAGUUUUUCAGGAGCCUUGCUUUGGGUGUUUGUAAGGGCUGUUCACACCAUGGGACUAGAACAACAAUAACUGUUAGUUAAUAACUGUAAGACCACACCACAAUUAUGAAAAUAACAACUGAAGUGAAAAAGUUUGUUUGUUUAGCACUUUGAAAAAAAAAAAGUUUUAAAGCAGCUUUACAGAAAAAAAAAUUGUGAUGUUACUGUUUAUGGCGUCUUAUAUUCAGGCCUAAUAGUUGCAUUUAGCAGAUCACAGCUGGGCAAUUUUAUACAUAGAAAAAGAAGAAUAUCAAGCACUUUAGAUUUGUUACAUAGUACGUAUGUGGAUGAAGAUGGAUAUUACCAUUUAUAACUUUAUAAACAACUUUUAUAAACCCCUGUGGCUGUGGACACUCAUAUGAUAAUGGCUCGUGGUGUGAAUGGGCCUUUAGCAUGUUAACUGUAAAAUUAUUUUAGUUUAAAUUAAGUUGGUUUUGGUGGCCCUUGUUCAAGUUUACUGAAGUAAAGUAAAGUGCCCAAUUUGAAAAGCACUUCAAGGCAGGUGUGACUCUCAGAUAUGAGAAUAAGAGCUUAUAAAAAAUUAAUUCAAGAAAAAUUAAUUCAAGAAAGAACUAGUAAUAGAAAUGUGAAAGCAGAAAUGUAGCUUGAAAUAUGAAACAUCUGCAUCUGAUGUUGAGGCCAUUUAACUAUUCAAAAGUGGUAGGUAAAUGUUAGUUGUUUUUUUAAAUUCAACUUUUUCUAAAAUCAUAUGUUAUUGGGCAUUAAAGGUGCUGUAUUAUAUUGUGUUUUUUGAUCCUCAAGCCACAAGACAAUACAGGAAAAUGCGUUUUUCUUUCUAGAUGAUUUAGUGAUUCUCUGGCAUUAUCCACACAGUCCUUUGAUUCCCAAAGAUCAUCUAAAACAAAUCAAAUCUUAAUGUUUCUGAUCACAAGAAUGACAAGUUUGUCUUUUGGUCUGCUGGCAAACACAUUAAAUCCUACGGUCCUAUGUACACAUGUAAACAAACAGGUCCUGGUACUCUUUCGGGUUAACUCUGUCUCUCAGUGGGCUUGGGUAAUGUAAACAUUCAGCAAGCAAAGCUUUUCCAAAAAGACUGGGACCCGUGCCACGACUAGCACAGGGUUUAACUGGAGAUGCCAGACGCCGUCACUGCCAGGCCCUGAAAUUAUUACUGAGAGAGUUCAUAUGAGGAAAAACACCUGAUGAACUUUAGCAGAAACAUAAAAAGGUCAGAAAGACAUGAAUAUUCAAAAAGUAUAGACUUUUAAUAUGGUAACCAGCGUAAAAUGAGAAGAAACAUUCCAGAACUAUACAAAGACGAGCGAUCCUGAAGUUUUCUGUCCUGGGAUCCCUCCCCCAUCCUGGAAUUAGUCUCAAAUUUGGCCCCUGUUCAAGUAUGAAAAGAUCUGGACAAUGAAGGCAGGUGAGGGUGAGUUUUAUGCACAACCGAAAACGAGAUUACAUGCAAGCAGACGCAUGAAAAAAAAUAAAGAGGCGCUAAAAAAUGCAUAAUUAUGCAAGUUCCACUCCGAAUGCGAUCCAAGGAAUAGGCCAACAAUAUGAGCCUUUUGGUUUAGUGGUGUGUGGCAAAUCUCCCUAAAGCGAGAGGGAGACGUGGGGUCAGAACCUUUAGAAAGUACGGGUGGAAUAAUUUGGUCACUAUUGUGCAUUUCAAUACAUUUUUUGUAUUCAAAUAAAUCUUGAGCUAGUCCAUCCUUCAUUUAUAUUCUUGGCUGCUCAAAAUGGCUUAAGGAAAGCGUAUAAAACACGAAGAGCUGCUUGUGAGUGUGAUUUCUAGAACGGAUGGGUCCUAGUCGUCCUCAUCUUUGCCCGUGUAUUGUGAGCCGCUGUGAUGAUGAUGAUGAGGAGGAGGAGGAGAAAAGAUUGGUGAGGAGGUGAAGAAGGGAAGACAGAAGGGGGACGGCGAGCGCUCCUCGUGGACGGGACUGUGGCUGGGGCUCUGUCUGGGACAUCCGUCCUUUUCCCUUUCAACAUGUGCUUACAUCUUUUUUUUUUUUUUAUUACAUAAAAAUGAAUAUCCUAUUCACUGAAAAUCUUUUCCUCCUCCAUAGUAGUGCUUGAAUUUUAUUCCAUACAAUACCAGUCAAAUGUUACUAAUAAUUAAUUAUAAAAGUAGUCUCUUAUGCUCAUCAAAGACACAUUAAUUUGUACUGUGAAAUAUUAUUAUAAAAGAUCUGUUUCCUAACUUUUCCCUGAUUCCUUUGAUGAAAGCAUCACUCCUUCAGUCUUCAGUGUCACAUGAUCCUUCAGAAAUCAUUCUAAUAUGCAUCUUGCACCAGAUUUGACGCCACAUUGCCAAA